GUACUCACUCGUGAUUCGGUCACAGUGGCUGUGGAUGCUGUGGUCUAUUACCGAAUAUACAAUCCCGUGGUGUCCAUAACAAAUGUGGAAGAUGCGGAUCGGUCCACACGGCUCUUGGCUGCGACCACAUUGCGCAAUGUGCUCGGGACGAAAAAUUUGUCAGAGAUUCUGUCGGAAAGAGAUACAAUCUCUAGCAUGAUGCAAGUGAGUGGGCGGCAAUAG